AUUUAACUCGCCUGGGGCCAUAGCCAGGCGCGGCUGCUGCUUACAGCUCCUUGCAGGAGCCCGCUUCCACUUACUCCGGAUCCCGGGCCCUGGGCGCCAUGUACCUUCUCCGCGGGCCGCUGCCCCUGCUGCUGCUAUUGCUGGGUCCACCUGCGGCUCAGGGUGCCUGCAACAUUCCCCCAGAGGUACCUAAUGCCCAACCAACUUUGGGAGAUCUCUUGAGUUUUCAAGAAGGAACCACAGUAACAUACAAAUGUAAUGAAGGCUUUGUAAAGGUUCCUGGCAGGGCCGAUUCAGUGGUCUGUCUCAACAAUACAUGGUCAGAGAUGGCAGAAUUUUGUGGCCGUAGCUGUGACGUUCCAACCAGGCUACUUUUUGCAUCUCUCAAAAAGUCUUUUACCAAACAGAAUUAUUUCCCAGCGGGUUCCACUGUGGAAUAUGAAUGCCGACCUGGCUUCCGAAGGGACCGUUUUCUCUCAGGAAAACUAACUUGCCUUCAGAAUUUUACGUGGUCCAAACCAGAUGAAUUUUGUAAAAAAAAAUCAUGUCCUAAUCCUGGAGAUUUAAGACAUGGCCAUGUCAGCAUACCCACUGACCUAUUAUAUGGUUCAUCUAUCUCCUUCUCAUGUAACGAGGGGUACAGGCUAGUUGGUGAAACUUCUAGUUACUGUUCCCUUGUAGACGAGGGUGUUGGGUGGAGUGAUCCAUUUCCCGAAUGCCAAGAAAUUUUCUGUCCAGAACCACCAGAAAUUAGCAAUGGAUUCAUUCUGGAUCCACGGGACACUUAUGUGUAUCAACAGGCUAUAAAAUAUAGAUGUAAUGAAAGCUUCACCCUGAUCGGAGAGAACUCUAUUUAUUGUACUGUUAGAGGUGACCAAGGAGAAUGGAGUGGCCUGCCACCUGAAUGCAAAGGUUCUCAGACUUCUAAGGUCACACCACCAGUUCAGAAAUCCACCACAGUAAUUGUAUCAGCUACAAAGCCCACAUCAACUCCUCAGAAACCUACCACAGCGAAUGUUCCAGGUUCUGAAGCUACAUCAACUCAGAAACCCAGUACAGCAAAUGUCUCAGGUACCAAAGUCCCAUCAACUCUUCAGAAACCCACCACCAUAAAUGCUCCAGCUACAAAGGUCCCAUCAACUCUUCAGAAAUCCAACACAGUAAAUGUUCCAGCUACAGAAGUCCCAUCAACUCCUCAGAAACCCGACACAAUAAGUUCUUCAGCUACAGAAGCCCUACCAACUCCUCAGAGACCCAACACAGUACAUGUUCCAGCUACAAAGGCCCCAUCAACUCCUCAGAAACCAGACACAAUAAGUUCUUCAGCUACAAAAGCCCUACCAACUCCUCAGAAACCCAACACAGUAAAUGUUUCAGCUACAAAGGCCCCAUCAGCUCCUCAGAAACCCAACACAGUACAUGUUUCAGCUACAAAGGCCCCAUCAACUCCUCAGAAACCCACCACAGCAAAAGAUUCAGCCACAGCCAAAAAAUCCCCCAUAUCAAAUGCUCUAUCUACAGAGACCCCAGCAGCAGCCCAGAAUCCCAUCAUGGCAAAUGCUUCUGCUACACAGGCCAUGCCAGCAACCCAUAGAUCCACCACAGCGAAAACUUCAUUUACACGGAGUCUUCCAGCAACACGAAAGUCCACUGUUAUCCAUGCCCCAGUGACUAAGGGUCUCCAUACAACAAAAAGAUUGACCUCUGCUCAUAUUACAGCAAAACAGAGUUCAGCUACUCCCAGGACAACCAGCACACCUAAUGGAAAAGGGACCCUCUCUUCAGAUGCUGCCAUCAUUGCAAUUGGUAAGUUUGGUUCUUCAGCAGUUAAAAAAAAUUGUCAUCACUGUGGGAUGUACAAUCCAUAUUCCUGGAAGAGAAUAUUGUCUUUUUACUGUCUUAGGAAUACUAUUAAAAUGAAAUGUUUAAGAGUGUCAAAGAGAAGACAGGUAAAUGCAGUUUAUCGACGUGUUUGGUGGACACCAAUAGGUACUCGGUAUGUUCCUAAGUAUUCCCGACCAUGUUCUUGUUCCAGGGUAAUUUUAGGGCAACUUCAAAUCAUUUGGCCAGUCAAUCAAGUAUCCUUGAAUGCCUAUUGUCUCAAUGCAUCAUCAUUUUAGGGGCCAAAAACAACAAGAAGGAGGCUGUUGUCAAUACAGUUUUUAAGCCUCAAGUAUUGCCUAAGUACUCACAAACUACUCCUUGACUGUUUCUAGACUUCUAUUCCAAAUAAACCGGAAUGCUACCUUUGAUUACGUUCUCUUCCUUUCCCCUUCCCUGUCAGUGAUUUAAAGCAAAGAAAACUUUAAAAUUAUUCUGUUGCUAUAGAAAUAAGGACAUAUCUGUGUUGCAAUGUCUUCUGGCCUUUAUUCCAGUAUUUUUUUUUGUUGUUCAUAAAUAUAUUAUUUGAUGUUAUACAUUUUAACAAGAAGAUUAAUAACUCCUAAAGAAGAUGAUAAAAGAAAUGUUUGAGAAGCAAUACAGCUAUGUAAUGUAUGGUGAUUAACAUAAUAAAAUAAAAUUUUAAAAAAAGAAGCAAUACAGCUAAGUUGGCAUAUUAAUAAGGAAUGCCCAACGGAAAAUACACGCUUAAAAAAAAAGUGAAUAUUUUAAAAUUAUGUCCUUGUAAGCUAAGGUCUCCUAUCUAUGCAUGCAUGAAUGAGACAAGGGACUGAAGCUGAAAGUAGGUAUUUUUUUAUUAUUAUUAUUAUUUAUAGUUCUUUUAUAUUUUGAAUGAACCUCUCCUUAGCUAAAAUACUUAUCUUGAAAGAUUUGAACAGUUGGAAUUCGCUUUGUUUGAUAUUUUAAAUAGAAAUAAAUGUAUUCUAAAGGAAAACUUCAUGAUUUCAUCAUUUAAUGUUAACAAUGAUGAGUUUAGUGGAUGGGCUUUUUCUCACCUGCUCAGUGGCAUCCAAUGAAGGUUUGAGGGGUUUAUUUUCUCUGAAAUUCUUGAAGUAUGUACUAUGUGAUCUCCCAGAAACUUUCCCUUAGGGUUAGAUGUAAUUCUAACUUGUGCUCAAAAAUAAAGAGCUCUUUCCCUCUUAAAUCAGACAUAUGGCAAUAUUUUUCUUUGGGAUCUUAUACUUGUAAAAUAUAAACCUAAAAAUUAUCUUUAUUUCUUCAAUUUAUUCUGUGCAUCGGGUCACUUUUCUCAUUUUUGUUUUAUCAGUUUUUUAAAAAUUUGACUGUAGUUGAUACACAAUGUUGUAUUAGUUUCAGGUAUACGACAUAGUGAUUGGACAAGUCUGUACAUUAUGCUGUGCUCACCCCAAGUGCAGCUGCUGUCUGUCACUAUACAAAGCUAUUAUAAUGUCAUCGACUAAAUUCCCUAUGCUGUGCCUUUUAUUCCUGCCACUUUUCUUAUUUUAAAGAUAAGCAAACUCUACUUACAAGGAAAUUGCUUUUCUUGACUACACUGCAAUGUUAGUGAGUGAUAUAGAGGAUACUAGAACUUUGGAAGUAUUUGAAUUUUUUCCUGUUUAAUUCUGCUAAGAAAGAGAGACUGACUAAUCUCAGAACUCCCUUAUUUGCCAUGUAAGUGAAGACUUUAUUGUGAGGUCUAAAGCUAUUCUACUGGCUCUGUAUCACUGUUUCUCAAAAACCUUUUUUUCAUUAUUGCCCUCUGCCCCUCAAGGAACUUUUUAGACAUUUUAUUUUCCAAUCACCCUCCCCCCGUGAAAUUUCACUACCACAGACAUACUGUAAAUCUAUUUAUAUUCUGUAUGUAUAUCUGUACUUUAUAUACAGAAAAGUAAGAUUUUUCUUUUCACCCUUUUGGGAUAAUACCCCCCAUUGAGAAUACAUGCUCUAUAUAGUUGUUUCGUUUUGUUUUUGUUUUUUUAUAUGUAGUUUUGUAUUUGCUUUUGUUUCUGUUUUUUUAUGCCAACAUUGUAAAGAAGACAGGCUUGUGUUUUGGAGUCAGCCAGACCUUGGUUUGAAUCCUGUUGGUUUGUUUUUUUUUUAAUUUAGUAAUUAUUCAACCCAAGUGAUUGAACUUAAUCUUUCUGAGUCCCAGUUUUCUCAUUUAUGAUCCCUGUUUAAAGUCUUUGAAGCUUAAUGAGAUAAUAGAUAUGAAAACUCCAGCACAGUGCUAACCAUUGAAUAAAUAUUAACUUAAAGCAGUCAUGUAGUGCAGUCGCUAUUAUUUUCCUAAAAUGGGUUUCUUUCUUUUUUUUCUUUUUAAGAUUAUUUAUUUAUUUAUUUAUUUAUUUGACAGAGAGAGACACAGCGAGAGAGGGAACACAAGCAGGGGGAGUGGGAGAGGGAGAAGCAGGCUUCCCGCCAAGCAGGGAGCCCGAUGCGGGGCUCGAUCCCAGGACCCUGGGAUCCUGACCUGAGCCGAGGGCAGACACUUAACGACUGAGCCACCCAGAAGCCCCCUAAAAUGGGUUUCUGACAGUUUUAUCAUUCCCUCUGGCCACACCAAAGAGUAAGAACAGUCCUUUAUUAAGGUAAUAUUUGCAUUUUUGCUGCGUGGCAAGUACUCUACUGAAAUUUUUAUAUUUUUAUUUUACUUCCCAAAACAUAAUGUAUCUAUGUCCCAUUUUUAAUUUUUUAAUUUUUCUUUUAAGAUUUUAUUUAUUUGACAGAGAGAGAACGCACAAGCAGGGGGAGCCCCAGAGGGAGAAGCAGGCUCCCUGCUGGGCUCCAUACUAGGCCCCUGGGAUCGUGACCUGAGCAGAAGGCAGCUCCUUAACUGACUGAGCCACCUAGGAGCCCCUCUAUGUCCCAUUUUUUAAUCUGAAAGAAUGAUUUCUGCAAGAUUUGUAACUUGCCCAAGGUCACACAUCUAUUAGGCGCUUCAGCAGAGGCAGAUGACUCGUUUCUCCAGCACUUGAAAGGAUAGAUUCUUGUCCUAUGUGAAAAUCUGCACAACUCAAAUUUGACAAUUAAUGUAGUCCUGAUUCUUUACUUCCCCCCCCCCCCCACCAUUGCUGAAAUCCUAUAUCGUGAUGUUCAUAAAUCUCUUAUGGGGAUUAAUAGGUCAGUUGAAGGAAUAUUUAAGAAAAAAAUUAAAGACUACUCAGUGACAUAUCUAAAAUGCUUUUUCUGUAUCCUUCAAAUAUCACAUGCUGAUUAACUUUGGCUUUGUACAUCCACCUGCAUAUGGCAUAUGGUAUAGACUAGCCCAAAUGGAGGCAUACUUUCAAGAGUCUUGAAUCAUCAGUAGUACUUUGAAAUGCAUCAGAUGCUAUAUCAGGUCUUCACUGUGUCUUAUGACCUUCUCUCUGAAGGAUGAACUUAAAUCCCAUUAUAAGUAACUUCAGUUACCUACAAGUUAUUUGAAGUUAAGAAAUCAGACAACAUAAUCAUCUAAUUUUUCAUUGAUCUGCUUAGGCUGGCAAGAGAAGCAUUUGAAUUUCCCUCACCUAAAAAAUACAGAGGCAAAGAAAAUCCAAUGAUAAUAACAAAACCCUUCAAGGGUCCUAUGGAUGUUGCCGAGGAAGUGGGGUUGAAUUCUGAUUUGUAAAUCUGAAAAUUUAAGGUUUACUGAAGCACAUUCUUUUUCCUCCUAUAAAAGCCUCUUUCCAGUGUGACUUCACCUGUCCACAGACCUCAGUUCCUUUAUUCUGUUAUGUUAAAUAGGAUUAUAAGGAAGAACAACCUAUUUAAAACUUUCUCAGUUUUUAUUUAGUUUUCAGUCUCUGCACACAUUCUUCUAGAAUUACAUAUAUGUGCUGAUCAGUGUUCUAAGAAUAAGAUUUUGGUUCAGCCAUCUAGAUACUCUGGAUCACUUGAAAAUUUUCUGUCUUCAUUUAUCAUUCAAAUUGAAAAUGGGAUGGUUUUACAACCAUUGAAAAUGGUGGAACAAAUGGGAGUGGUGAAGGGAAAAGAACCCCAAAUUUUUGAGGAGCCAUGAUUGAUUUUAUGAAUACAGUCUUUCCAAGCUAAUGAUAUGGUGCUAGGGAAUCAGUUAAAGAAACUGAUUGGGUAAAAUACUGUAAAAACCUACCUGUGGUAGAAAUAGCUGUUUCAAUCAUGUAUCCAUACGACAGUGCAAUUGUGUGACAUGAGCGUUUGCUGAUUUGGAACCAAUUUGUGACUUGGUCACAUUACUUUCAGUUGCUCUCCUAGUGUCAUCUGUAAUUUCCUUUGCAAUACAGAUCAAAAGAAUAGAGUUCAAGGACAUUGCAGGAUGGAGUAGGCAGGAAAAGGGAGACUGAGAAUGUUACAGAGAAAGGGCACAUGGGUGGUUUGGAAGAAGAAAGACUGUGUGUGAAAAUAAACUAUAAAAAUUACUGUUGACUGGGCGCCUGGGUGGCUCAGUCGUUGGGCGUCUGCCUUCGGCUCAGGUCAUGAUCCCAGGGUCCUGGGAUCGAGC